AUGGAAAUGGACAAAGCCAUUUCCAAAUCAUUUACUAGCCUUCAAAUUAAUACCAAAUCCAACAUUACCAAAGACUCAAACCAAAUCAACAAAAAAAAAUCAAGCUCUUCUUCAAAUAACAAAUGGUUGGGUUUCAUUUCAUGCAUUCCAUGUUUUACUAGUAAUAGAGACUUGAAGAAAAAUAUUUGUGAGGGCAAGGAGGGAAAUUCAUCCUCUACAAAACAUGAAUAUCAAAGUUUAGAAGACAUUAUUUUCCAUGAUGCUAAAGAAAAUAUUCCAAUAUCUAAGGAGACUUUUGAAGGCGAAUCUUCUUCAUCUCAAUUGAAACAAUCCUAUUGUGCUAUUUGCAUGGAAGCUAAACAUGUUCAAGAAAUGUUCGAAAACCGAAAGUGUACACAUUCUUUUUGUAAAGAUUGUGUUGCAAGUUAUCUAGUUGCAAAAAUUCAAGAGAAUAUAGCAAAGAUAAAAUGUCCUCAACCAAAAUGUAAGGUUAUUUUGGAGCCUCAAAAUUGUAUUUCAAUUAUACCAAAGGAUAUGUUUGAAAGAUGGGAAAAUGCAACUAUUGAGAAUUUGGUGUUAGGAUCACAAAAGUUUUAUUGUCCUUUUAAGGAUUGUUCAGCUAUGUUGGUGAAUGAUGGAAAGAAAGUUGUGACGGCUUCGGAAUGUCCGAUUUGUCAUAGAUUGUUUUGUGCACAAUGUAAGGUUUCAUGGCACGCCGGAGUUAAUUGUAAAGAGUUUCGAAGCUUGGAAGUUGGCGAGCGAGGGGCGGAAGAUCUAAUGGUAAUGGAACUUGCUAAGAACAACAAUUGGAAAAGAUGUCCAAACUGCAGCUUUUAUGUGGAAAGAAAUAAAGGAUGUAAUCGCAUUCUAUGCAGGUGUGGUAAUUAUUUUUGCUAUGGCUGUGGAUCCGAUUGGAAUUAUCAAACUGGAAACUCUCCUGCGGAAUUUCCUACCAAAAAUGAGAAUAAAUCGGCAGUAAAUGUUCCUGCGAAAUUUCUGCAGAUACUGUGUAAAACAAAGCCAGAAAAAGCAAUCAGCAAGAGACAAAUACCUAACUGUUGUAAAGAAGCAGCAAGAGACUGUUGUAAAAUAAAGCCAGAAAAAGCAAUCAGCAAUUAG